AUGCUCAAAAGGAUGGUGGCACGGCCCAACUUCAGGGCUGUAAUCAGGCCGUCAAGUACUUGUUUGAUGUGCCAAUGGCGAACUUUUGUCACAACCUAUCCGCGCCUCCAAGCCCCAAGUCCAAAGCAGCUCUCAAAGAACACGACCUCGAACACGACCUCGAACACUACCGACGACACCGCCCCGGGACCGGCUGCCUCGUCCGAGCCGAGCCCACUGGCCGAUGCGCCACGAUCAUACGGAAGGAGAGUCGAGGACUUCAAGCCCAAGGUCUUGGCCCGGCCCAUUGGCAUGAACCACCCGCCCAGCCCGGGCGAGAACACCGGCAUCGAUAUCCGCUCACUAAAGCAGCGGAGGGAUGACUUUGUCAACUAUGACGCGCAUCUGAAGAGGCGCGAACAAUUAAAAUCGCAGAUGGCCCGUCCUUACUUCCGCGACUGGACCAACCUGGCCCUUCACAAGGGCAAGACCUUCCUCGCCCCUCCACGACUAUUCAAGCACGACAAAUCUCUCUACUUCCCGAAUCUGUUCGGUCGAACCCUCCUCAAGGACACAACCCUGCCACGGGACACGACACCCGUGCUCGCAGGCAAGGCGUCCGUGGUCACUAUAUAUAGCUCCGAGUGGGCUCGCAAGCAGGUCAACAGCUUCAUGGGCAAGGGGGAAAACCCUGCGUUACAUGAGACUCUGGAGAAGAACAAGGGAAAGGCCCAGCUGGUCCACAUCAACGUCGAGGAUACCUCCUAUCUGAGGUACUGUAUUGCCCGCAUGCUCUCGGGAUCUUACCGCAAACAAGUGGGCAAGGAUAACUGGGACAAGUACUUCCUUGUGAGGAAAGGUAUUUCGGACGAGAUCAGGGAGUCGAUCGGGUAUCUGAACAGCAAGGUUGGCUACACGUACCUGGUGGACGGGAACUGGAGGAUCCGCUGGGCGGGGAGCGGACCUGCUGAAGCCGACGAGAGGGAGUCCUUGACCAGGGGUCUCGAGAGACUCCUGGAUGAAGCGGACAAGGGGGUCUGGUCUGGAACAGGUCCAGUGGGAAAGACCUCGACCGCAGAAGCGAACGGGAACAGUGCAAGCAGGUGGUCAUGA